GAGUGUGCAACAAUAUAUCGAAAUUUCCUAGCUUCUGUCGGAUUAGUCGGUUUAUUCCAGGCCAAUCCUGAAAAGUGUUUUACUAGGAUCAAAGAAAAGAAGUGACUAGCAAGAUUGUAUAUGUAUGUUCUCCUCUCUCUCUAUCCAUUAGGUUUCAAAGCCAGGUCUUUUAUAGACACUUUUGGCGGAGUGAUUUGUGAGUCAUCAAGAGGGGUAAAUUUUGAAGGCUAUAAGAUAGGGCUUCUGAUUGUUCACUUCCUUUUACUGCCUCCGGAUAUCCGAAUUAACUAACGUAGUUCACUAGUGAGUUGGCCACACUAGUGAGUUGGCCACUUUUACCCGAAUACGCGUUCUAUACUGAUCCUUCACAACUCAACGCGUCAAUAUGCCACCAAUUCGCAAUAAAAAUCAAAAAAAUUCUGCUGAGCAAGAAGGACGAAUCCUAUUAGCUAUUUCUGAUUUAAAGAAUGGCAGAAUACGCUCUGUACGGAAAGCAGCAGAGAUCUAUAAUAUCUCACGGUCAACUCUUCAAAAUAGAAUCAACGGCAUGCCAUAUCGAGCUGAAAAACGCGCCAAUAACCAUAAAUUAACUCAAUCUGAGGAGGAUUCGCUUGUCAAAUGGGUUCUUGAUUUAGAUCGACGUGGAUUACCUCCCCGGCACUCUCUCGUACGAGAAAUGGCUAAUUAUAUGCUUUUACAACGUGGCAAUCAACAAGUUGGUGAGAAUUGGGUAACCAAGCUGACUAAACGCCGUCCAGAGAUCGAUUCGAAGUUCUCACGAAGAUAUAACUAUGAACGCGCUAAAUGCGAAGAUCCGAAGAUAAUCCGGGAACAUUUUGAUCGCGUACGAGCUGCUAUAUUGGAGUAUGGGAUCUUACCAGAAGAUAUUUACAAUUUUGAUGAGACUGGCUUUGCUAUGGGACUCUGCUCAUCUGCAAAGGUUAUUACUGGAAGCGAUCGAUAUGCACGGCCAAAGCUUUUACAGCUUGGGAAUCGAGAAUGGGUGACUGCAAUUGAGGCAACAAAUUCAACUGGAUGGGCUGUUCCUUCGUACAUUAUUUUCAAGGCAAAGAAAAACGUACGAUUAGGCUGGUUUGAUGAUCUUCCAAGUGAUUGGAGGAUCAAUAUUAGCGAGAAUGGAUUAGAAUGGCUUACAACCCAGUUUAUUCCCUAUAUUAAUGAUCGUACAAUGGGAAAAUAUCGAAUGUUGAUUCUUGAUGGCCAUGGAAGCCAUUUGACUGCAGAAUUUGAUCGUAUAUGCACUGAGAAUAAUAUUAUUCCAAUCUGCAUGCCACCUCAUUCUUCACAUAUAUUACAGCCUCUUGAUGUUGGCUGUUUUGCUGUUUUAAAACGGCAUUAUGGGCAGCUUGUUGAGCAACGAAUGAGGCUUGGAUUCAACCAUAUCGACAAAAUGGACUUUUUAAUGGCAUUUCCACAGGCUCGUACGGUGGCAUAUAAAGCUCAAACUAUUCGGAAUAGCUUCACAGCCACUGGAUUAGUGCCUUUUAAUCCGGAUCGAGUUAUUCAACAACUUAAUAUUCAAUUAAAAACACCAACACCCCCUCCGAGUCGAUCAAGCAAUACACAAUCAUCUUGCUUACAAACCCCUCAAAAUAUACGCCAAUUUGUACGCCAGUCAACUACAAUUACCAAACGUAUAAAUGAGCGUACAGGAAGCCCAAAUCAAGUGAUUGAUCAAGCAAUUAUGCGGAUGUCAAAGGCCUAUGAAACGACUAUGAAUGAUCUUGUACUCGUACAGAAAGAAAACCGUGAUUUACGAGCUGCGCAUGGCAAAGAGAAACAAAAACGCCAAAAAUCUAAGAAACAGAUAUCUAUUGAGCAUGGGAUUACUGGCGAAGAAGCUCAAGCGCUCGUACAAGAUCAGGUUGAGGCAUCUCAAGCUGUUACUACUGCUCCGGGUGAGCCGGAGCUCCCAGCUUCUCAAGGAGUCGUACGCCGCCAAUUUCGCUGCAGUGGUUGUGGUGUUGAAGGACAUAAAAUUAAUCGAUGUCCUAAUCGUACUAGUAGUUAG